AUGAAGUAUCCUCCGCGAAAGCAUCAUUCUAGAACUAAUGACUCUCGUGCACGACCAUACCCCUCGGCCCAGCAUCGGACAGACCGGAGGUCACGUACAUCGAAAGUUCGGUCUAGUCACUCACAAGAUGUGGUCCCACCUAGGUCGACUCAUCCGAGACCAAAGAAAGCUACCCGGCGUGAUCCGCAGACCACCAGCAACGAUCGAGGAGGGGGCUACGGGCCGCGGUCUCCAGCUGAUCAGAUAGUAGGAGACGAAAGCCCCGACUAUGAAUCUGAAAGAGGCGAUUAUGGUGGCGACUCUGCCAGCGAUUCCGGCGAGGAGAAUGCCAGUCAAAGUCAUUCAGAGCUGGAGCAGCUCAAGGAUCAGAUCAUCGAGUUUAGGAAGGAACAAAGCCAACAGAUUCAUGACAUGGACAAAAGAACGAGGGAUUUGGUUCAGCAGUACGAAAUAUACGGAGACGCUGAACGUUGUAGAAUACAAGAACAGCCGCAAGAAUUGGCCAAGACAAUUUUGUCGCCCCUUAUCCAGCGGACGUUCACUUCUAUAACGCAAGGAAGACAAGACCAAGCGCAUCAUGGAGGGACGGGAGAACAUGGAACGAUAGACCCAAUGGAGAUGUUCAGCACAGGUGGCGAACCGUUUGUUUGA